AUGAACACAUUCCGUAGGUACAUCUCCGGAACAUUCAUAGUGCAUCCCGAUAAUAUCUCAAAAGAAUUAGUUUCUACAAACGAUGUUUCUCCGAAUGUUCAAGGGGUUGUCGUAAAGUCGGUAAAUAUCGAUGGUGACUUUAAUAACAAGCAAGAGUUUGAUGAUCGUGAUGGCAUGCUCACAUGGAUUCGUAGGACUGCAACUAGACUUGGUUUUGGUGUGGUAAUAAGAAGAUCAGAUAAUGGUUUGGAAAAAAGAAACGCUUUUGUAACAAUAUGGUGCGAAAAAAGCGAGAAAUACAAGACUCCUCUAGAGAAGUUUAAAAGAGACGACACAGUGUUACAAGGUCAUCCUAGUGUAUAUCGGCUCAAAGCGGAAGAGAAAACAUGUAUUAGUGACAUGACCUUAAAUCUUGUACAAUCGAAAAAUACACUUGCCACAUUGAAACAGAAGGAACCCGACAAUUUGUUCAACACGUUAUCGACAUUGCUCAUUCUUGAUUCUACCUACAAGACCAACAAGUAUAGACUUCCAUUAUUUGAGUUGGUUGGUGUUACAUCUACCGAUAAGACAUAUGCCGUUGGUUUUGCUUUUCUGAAGUGUGAAAAAGAGGAUAAUUUUACAUGGGAAUUAGAGGUGUGUCGGUCACUUUUGAAGGAAAAAGUCGAUAUGCCUAAGGCGAUUGUUACGGACCGCAAUACCCCACUGAUGAAUACGGCGGCAAAGGUAUUUCCUUUUUCUAAUGCAUUAUUUUGUCGAUAUCACAUAUCAACGAAUGUGAGAAGUCGGGUUAAACCCGCGGUAGAGAAAAAACAACUAGAGUUCGAAGGUGGAAAAUUGGUGAAGCCUAGUGUGGUUGUUGAACAAAUAAUGGAUGCAUGGAAUUGUAUACUAAAUUCUUCCACAAAAGAUUUAUAUGUCGAUUCCGUUAUUCAAUUUUGGAAAGUGUGUAAAAAGUAUCCUGCUUUAUUGAAAUAUGUUGAAAGCACCAUUCUUGAUCAGGUGAAGGAGAAGAUUGUUUAUGCAUGGAUUGAUAAUGUUCGACACCUUGGGAAUACAACCACCAACAGAGUUGAGUCGGCCCAUGCUAGUUUGAAAAAUUAG